GGCAGCGCUCGGAGCCCCGGCGCCCCCUGCCCCUUCCCUCCCUUCCCCUCCUCGCGGCCGGGAUGCGCCCGGAGGCUGCGGCGCCGCCGGGCGGCCUGGAGCGGUUCGUCAGCCCCGGCAAGGGCCGGGGGCUGCGGGCGCUGCGGCGCUUCGGCGUGGGGGAGCUGCUGUUCAGCUGCCCGGCCUACGCCGCCGUGCUGACCGUCAGCGAGCGCGGCGGCCACUGCGACGGCUGCUUCGCCAGGAAAGACGGAUUGUCCAAGUGUGGAAGAUGUAAACAGGCCUUUUACUGCAAUGUGGAAUGCCAGAAGGAAGACUGGCCAAUGCACAAGCUCGAGUGUGCUUCCAUGUGCACUUUUGGGCAGAACUGGAAUCCCUCCGAGACCGUAAGACUAACGGCGAGGAUCCUUGCCAAGCAGAAAAGUCACCCUGAAAGAACAAACUCGGAGAAGCUGCUUGCUGUAAAAGAGUUUGAAUCACACAUUGACAAACUAGACAAUGAAAAGAGAGAGCUGAUUCAGAACGACAUUGCUGCUCUUCAUCACUUUUACUCAAAGCACUUGGAGUACCCUGACAAUGCUGCCCUUGUAGUUCUCUUUGCACAAGUUAACUGUAAUGGCUUCACAAUUGAAGAUGAAGAACUCUCUCAUUUGGGAUCAGCCAUAUUUCCUGAUGUUGCGUUGAUGAACCAUAGCUGUUGCCCAAAUGUGAUUGUGACUUACAAGGGAACCUUGGCUGAAGUCAGAGCUGUUAAAGAGAUUGAACCUGGAGAGGAGAUUUUUAGCAGCUAUAUUGACCUGCUGUAUCCCACAGAAGACAGAAAUGACCGGUUAAAAGACUCGUAUUUCUUUAUUUGUGAUUGCAGGGAGUGCAUUACGAAAGAAAAGGAUAAAGACAAACUGGAAAUCUGCAAGCUGAAUCAUCCUCCAUCGGCAGAGACGGUAAAGGGCAUGAUCAAAUAUGCCAGGAACGUGAUUGAGGAAUUCAGGAGAGCCAAACACUACAAAUCUCCUGCUGAAUUACUGGAGAUCUGUGAGCUCAGCCUGGACAAGAUGGGUGCAGUGUUUGAAGACAGUAAUGUUUAUAUGUUACAUAUGAUGUACCAGGCCAUGGGUGUCUGUCUCUAUGUGCAGGACUGGGAAGGUGCACUGCGUUAUGGGCAAAAAAUUAUCAGACCAUACAGUAAACAUUAUCCCUCCUACUCGCUGAACGUUGCCUCCAUGUGGCUGAAAUUAGGGAGACUGUAUAUGGCGUUGAAUAACAGAACGGCUGGAGUUAAAGCCCUGAAGAGGGCAAUUGCUAUCAUGGAAGUAGCACAUGGGAAAGAUCAUCCAUACAUUUCAGAGAUCAAAAAGGAAUUAGAGGACCACUGAGCCUUUGAAUCUAUGCAAUCCUUCAAACCUUUAUUUAAAAAGCCUUGUUAUGGAAACCUUCAGGAGUGCUUUGAAAAGUGGUAGAGUGAACACAGUUCUGUCCUAUAAUUGGAAUGACAAACACACUUAGGCCUAGCUUCCUAGCUUCCACCCAUCUACAAUUGCCUUUUUUUUUUUCUUUUAAGGAAGCAUCCAUGGUUUCUUGAAGGUUAUGCCUUCUGACAGUUCAUGUGCAAAAGUGGCCAUUUUUUUUCUUUAGGGAUUUCAAUGUGGAUCUUAUUUGUGUAAAGUAAAUAAAGUGGUCUUGACCCCUCUUGA